GGCCUGGCAGCGGUGAACCCGGACCAGCUGCUGUCGCCGCGGCGGGCGGGGGGAGCGAGCGCGGCGGCCGGCGCCGGCGAUCGGGCCUCAUGGACGCGCAGCGCGCCGCCGCGCUCCCGGCGGGAGAGGUAAGGCUGGCCUCUCUGCAGUCAGAGGCCUGAGCUCUGCCAUGGGGGUAGGGGUGUCCUUGCUCCUGCAGUUUUCUCUGACAUCCGGGGGCUACCGGAGUGCGGGCCGAAGCAGGCGCCUCAGCCGCAGAAGCAUCCCCAGGAGCACCCCCGCCAGGAGCUGGGAAAAGACUCAUCUCCAGCCCCACAGUCUCCAGGCAGAGGAAGGACCGAUGCUGGAACGACGCUGCAGGGGCCCCCUGGCCAUGGGCUCGGCCCAGCCCCAGCUCCUUUUGGGGCCCUCCCCGGAGUCGUCCCAGACCCUGGAGAAGGAGCCCCACCGGCUGAGGUUACAAGGUACCUCGAUGGCCCAGCCAGGCAGCCAGGCUCCAGGUCGGGUCCAUCGCUGUGCCCACUGUCGCAGGCACUUCCCCGGCUGGGUGGCCCUGUGGCUUCAUGCCCGACACUGCCAGGCCCGGCUGCCCCUGGCCUGCCCGGAAUGUGGCCGCCGCUACCGACACGCCCCCUUCUUGGCACUGCACUGCCAGGUCCAUGCGGCAGCCACACCAGACCUGGGCUUCUCCUGCCACCUCUGCAAGCGGAGCUUCCGAGGCUGGGUGGCCCUGGUACUGCAUCUGCAGGCCCACUCGGCUGCCAAGCGGCCCAUCGCCUGCCCCGAGUGUGAGAGACGCUUCUGGCGACGAAAGCAGCUUCGAGUGCAUCUGCGGAGGCGCCAUCCCCCGACCCCCGAGGCCCGGCCCUUCAUAUGCGGCAAUUGUGGCAGGAGCUUCGCCCAGUGGGACCAGCUCGUCGCUCACAAACGGGUACACGUAGCCGAGGCCCUGGAGGAGGCAGCAGCCAAGGCUCUUGGGCCUCGGCCCAGGGGCCGCCCGGCAGUGACCGCCCCCCGGCCCGGGGGGGACGCCGUGGACCGCCCCUUCCAGUGCGCCUGCUGUGGCAAGCGCUUCCGGCACAAACCCAACCUGAUUGCCCACCGCCGCGUGCACACGGGCGAGCGGCCCCACCAGUGCCCCGAGUGUGGGAAGCGCUUCACCAACAAGCCCUACCUGACCUCACACCGGCGCAUCCACACGGGCGAGAAGCCCUACCCGUGCACCGAGUGCGGGCGCCGCUUCCGCCACAAACCCAACCUCCUGUCGCACAGCAAGAUCCACAGGCGGUCCGAGGGGUCCGCCCAGGGCGCCGCCAGCACCGCGGGGCCCCGGCUUCCAGCCGCGCCCCCGGAAUCUCCAGCAGAGCCCGCCCCGGCGCCUGUCCGGGAGCCUGCCCCCGAGCCCCUGCUGGAGGCCCCCGGAGAGGGCCCCCGGGACCAGGCGGAGGGGGCCCCGUCUCUCUACAGCUGCGAGGACUGCGGCAGGAGCUUCCGGCUGGAGCGGUUCCUGCGGGCCCACCAGCGGCAGCACACGGGGGAGCGGCCCUUCGUCUGCCCCGAGUGCGGGAAGGACUUCGGCAAGAAGACCCACCUGGUGGCCCACUCGCGGGUCCACUCCGGGGAGCGGCCCUUCGCCUGCGAGGAGUGUGGGCGCCGCUUCUCCCAGGGGAGCCACCUGGCCGCCCACCGGCGCGACCACGCGCCCGAGCGGCCCUUCGUGUGCCCGGACUGCGGCAAGGCUUUCCGCCACAAGCCCUACCUGGCGGCCCACCGGCGCAUCCACACGGGCGAGAAGCCCUACGUGUGCCCCGACUGCGGCAAAGCCUUCAGCCAGAAGUCCAACCUGGUGUCCCACCGGCGCAUCCACACCGGCGAGCGCCCCUACGCCUGCCCCGACUGCGACAGGAGCUUCAGCCAGAAGUCCAACCUCAUCACCCACCGCAAGAGCCACAUCCGGGACGGCGCCUUCUGCUGUGCCAUCUGUGGUCAGACCUUUGACGACGAGGAGAAGCUCCUGACCCACCAGAAGAAGCAUGACGGCUGAGGGCAGGGCGUCGUUCACGAGGGAGAGACGCAGUGGGGCCGCGGGGCCGUGCUGCUGUGGGUGUAGCGAGGGCUGGAGGGGCAGGCCCCGUUGCAGAGGGAGGUCAGCCCCACACCUUAGGCCAGGGAGCCAUGCUGGGCACAGGGACCCGGCCUCCCGCUGGCGUUUGCCACGGUUCCCUCCUCGCUGCCCUGCGCCCUGGAAAAGUAGCAAUAGCACCUGUGCCCACCCCGUAGUGUCUGUCCUCUGCUGGAGGGGCUGCCGGUGGGCAGGAUGGCCCUUCUCUGGUGGUAACGCCUUAAUGUCCCUGCCUUUGAUUUUGAGCUUCAGCUUGUUUUUGGAAGUAGGUGUGGUAGUCCUUAGUAAAGAGCACUUGGGAAGCAAAGCGGACCAGCUGGAUGUAGCUGGGAAACCUGUUGGCCUUGUUGGGCAGCCCUGGGAGGUGAAGCCAAGCUGCUCUGACCUGUCCCUCUGCUGCCCUCCCACCUGCCCCUGCUUUGGUACCCAUCUCAUCUGGGAGAGACCCAUCUGCUGUUAGUCUGGCUUCCCUUUCCUCCCUAAAGGUCAGUUCUGGGUUCUGAACAGGUCACCCCAUUUGAU